AUGUCCAAGUCGCGUCGCGUGGCCUUCUCGGGCGCCGAGGUGAUCGAAUACAACGCAGCAGUGGCCCCCGUCGUCAAAUUCUGCGGUGCUUUGGGCUGUGCACGUGGCUCGUCAUUGACGCUCGAGUGUGAGGCGAGAGGUCUCGAAGUCUCCGAUGAGCGCUUAACCUUUCAGUACGUCGAAGAACUGCAGCGUUUCUUGCGCUCUCGAGGCUUCGAACCAAUGAGCGACGACCUAAAGGAACUGCAGAUCCAGCGCCAAGUCGUGGAACUGCUUCUGGCUUGGACUGCACUCGAACACAAGGCGAAUUGGCCAAUGGCCGCGGAUGUGCUGGACCCGGCAACUUUACAACGCGCGCAACUGGAAAAGAAGCAACUCGAGGGCCGAGUGGACGAUGGCUACGCGUUCGGACGUCGGUUCUUCUCUGUGUCUACGUACGUUGAGAUUCUGAGCAGUGAGGAGCUACUGGCUGUGGCUAAGGAGAGAAAAAUGGAGCUACCCAUGCUGGAUGAGAAACAGCGGGCACGCGUCAAGGCGCUGGAUAGAGAACUCCUGGGACUCUAUGGUACAGCAGAGGGACGACCACUGAGAUCAUUGACAAUGAGGCAGUUGGUGACUGAAGCUGAAGGGCGAGGGAUGCUCGGACCUGGGGGUGAGAAGGCGAGGGACAUCAAGGACAAGAAAAGCAAGCGAGCGUGGGUGGAUCUGCUCCGACCGCUGAUGGUGGCCGAAGUGCGAGCCUCUAAAAUCCGUGAACAGCAAGAAGAAAUGCUGCGAAAGAAGUUGGCGCAGGAAUUGGAACGGGAGAAGGAAGAAGAACAGAAGCAGCGUGUCGUAGAGUUAAUUCAGGCUAUCGUGAAGCGGUCUGAGGGCUCUGCUUGUGCAGAGCCCGAGGAUGACGACGCAACAAUGAGCCAAGAGAGUAACCCAAAGGUUGACAAGACACGCAGCGUGCUGGCCACUACGUCAGGCUGUGUCUCGGCUCUUGGAGGAGGAAGGUCAUCCCCACACAUGACCACGUCGAGAGGCCCAGGAGUCAAAAUGUCUUCGCUACACCGUCGUCAAUCAGCGUUGAACCUGCCGCCUCAAACAGCCAGUGAUGCAGACGCAAGCGCCGUUAGCCUCGAGAUUCAACCCGCUCUUUCCUUUACUGACGUUCAAGACGAUGAAAACGCGUCACAAGGAGAACGGUCGCCCACGUGUCGGAGUUCCCGGGAUAAACGAAGCAAAGCAACGCGAACUGGCAGACAAUUCUCGCUAGAAACAAGCCCAGAACUCUACGAGACUCAACAAGGGUCAGACACACUACGCAGUCGCCAUGGAUCUCGAACCAGCACCGCUAGGCAUCUACGAACGCUUUCGCGAGACUUUGUGCUGCACUCGCUGCCCACUUCGUCUGUUCGACACGAGAGUUUAACCAGCCUCAAGGAUCAAUUCCUCAAGAUUAAAGAACGCUUCUCCCCGUCAGUCUCGCCGCUUCACAGUACAGCUUCGGUGACGCCUUCUGGCUUGGCCCUACAAGAUCUGACAGCUACAAUUAAUAAUGGAGUAUCGACUGCUGGCCACGUAUUAUUACCAGACCAGCGUGAACUCGCCAGCCGAGAAGAUGGAAGCUGGGAGCUCCCGCAGGCGCGGGUGGAGCGCUGGUAUCGCGAGGAUGAUUUUUUCAAAGCUUGUAUCACGUGUUGGACGAUGGAGGCUGGGGCUGCCAUCGUGUCGAAGGUCGCUCGGGUCGUCUCGGAAUGGGCAGCAGAUACUUCGAGCUGCUCUCCUCCUAUUACUGGAAGUGCCAACUCUAUCAAUCCGGACGUGUCGUUGCAGUGGAUUGGUCGACAGCUCUGGGCUGUGACUGUGUCAUUACCUCUCACACGCUCGGGAGAGCUUCACUCGGAGCAUAUCACACUUGCACAUCGGAUUAACCAGGCUGUAGCGGAAGUAUCCAAACAAACCAGCACCCGAUUGACUACUUCGCCCGUAGCUUGUCAACCUUCUCAUGAGACGUUGAACGAGAAUGGUGACAUGGAAAACACAGAGUCGAGUUCACUACAGCCACCACAUUCACCUAUCCAACUCGGUAGGGACGAUGAAGAAGACUCAGCCCUGGAUAAGGUUAACUCGAGUCCGUUUAGCACUCUAGCGGUAGAAGAUAUUGAGAUUCUACGGCUUCAACAAGCACAAAUGGCCGGCAAAAUGGGUGACAAUGACGACGAUACUGCAUGUGUUGACAGAAGAGACGAUGAUGACUCAACGGAACAGGGUCAAGACGACAAUGACGAAGAGGAAGAGGACACGAGCGAGCAAGUAGCAGCACUGCCUCUGUCGUGGUCGAUGCUUUCUCUAUCAUCGCAGCCUUCUGGGUCAUCGGAGCAUGCGUCGCUGCAAGGCGAGUUCACUCUCACGGACGACGACAGCUUUACAGAUCCAGCUGCUCACCUCGCUCCGGAGAAAACUGGUUGGCUCAAAAAGAAAAAGCGUAAACAGCAUGGACUCGGCAGCUCCUGGCAGCCUCGCUACUUUGAGCUUAAAGGGAAUCGACUGUAUUAUUUCUCUAGUGAAGCGGAUGGACUCCCACGAGGUGCAGUACUCUUGGAUCACGCACUUGUGCAGCGAGGUCGAGGUGACCACGCUAUGGCCUUCAGUAUCUCGAGUGCCAGCUCUCAUCGUCGACUGCAAGUACUCAAAUUCUCGGCUAGACUCACUCAUCAAGUUCGUCCACGGAAAUCAAUCGAGUUGCGCGUCGUCGAGGAGACGGAAGCUGCUGUUAGUACAUGGAUUGCAGCACUCAAUCGUGCGUCAUUUUACUGCAAACUUGCAUCAGCGACAGCUGGGUCUUCGUCGACGUUACCAGCUCAUUCUUCGUCGUCCUUUGGUCCCUUUUCAAUCCCCGACAAGAAACGUAAAACUCCGUUCUAUCGCUUCCGUUCUCCGACCGCCACAAAAGCAACUCUCGCGUCAUGUUCGUUCUCCGUCAAAAAGGAGCAAACAGACGUGGAAAAUGCCGACACGGAACAACUUCGGACUGCUACAGCGCGCUGGACCGCGUCGUACCAGCAAGUGGGAAGCGUGCAGUACUUGCGGGAGACUGAUCCUUUAUUAUGGGAGAUCCAUCCUCCAGAGCAGAUCGCUAUCCGCAAAAAAGCAGCUCGAGCACGAACACGUAGCGACUAUCUGGCUAUUUUUUCGCGUCAUUCAGAGACCUUUUCGCAAAUCUUCUUGCCCAGGCCUCAACCAAUUUCUCUCGAACAGACGCUGCGUGACAUCCUUCCCGAGUUAUUUCUCAUCAAUGACACGCUUUACGGUGGUGGAGAACAGCAGCAGCAAGCAGCUGAACAGAGCAGUAGCGACUUCGCGGGACAGCCACUGCAGAGUCGUGGACUUGAGCAUAUUUUCGAGGUGCUCGACGCUCACAUCCAACGGUUUGCAGCUGCCCCGGAAGAGCGUGUACGUGCGGUAAGUGCAUUAUUGCAGGCUUGUGCACGCACUAUCAGCGGCGGUGACUCGUACUUUGUGGUACAUCGACUACUUGGCAACCCGAAUUUGAUCAUUAGGCCAGCCGAAGCUCGAGGAAGACCAAUCGAAAUCGACGUGUCUCCUGACCGUCCGAGCCGCUUUCUAAUUACCGUGUUUAGUGCCUUUUCCUUCCAUUUACUGGAUGAUGUGGAGCGCUUUGGUGACUCAAACGACGCUACUGGAGGUGGAAUGACUCCUGCUCCUUUGCUGCGAGUUCGUACUCGGCAUAUCCAGGAAUUUGAAUUUGCUGGUGGCGCGUCCACUCGCUGGUUGAAGAUCGAUGUUGAAGGUCGAAAAGAAGACGGAAGCCCCGCUGGGAGCGUCGGUGGAGGGGGAACUAUAGGACGAUGGGGGAGUCGUCGGCAUUCUCAUGAAGGCACUGACUCUCGAAUUGGGGCAUUGCUGGAUGCACUAUCUUGA